AUGCAAUUCCUGUCGCUGCUCGCUCUGGCCGCGCCCCUGGCGUCGGCCAUCCAGUUCUCGAACCCGACUGUCAACUCGACCCUGACCCGCGGUUCCACCUUUGAUCUGCAGUGGUCCUCGGUCGAUACCGACCCCGAGAACUUCAGCGUCUACCUGGUCAACUUUGUCAACUGGCCCCCGUACUACGCCCCCGUCUCCUACGGCGUCGACGCCACCACUGGCGAGACCACUGUCAAGGUCCCCUGCGACGUUGACCCCACGUACGGUUACCAGUUCAACGCCAUCAACGGCACCAACGUCUACAUCAUCUACGCCCAGACGCCCAAGUUCUCCAUCGCCGGGGCCGCCUGCACCGACGAGCCGGCCGUGACCGCGGCCCCGACCUGCGCGGCCCCGACGGCGACCGUCACGGCGACCGUUACGGUGCGUGGCAACUCUACUCUCCUCGUGCCCACCGCCACGCCCACCGCAGCCGGCGCCCCCCUUGGAAAUGAGCUCGUCGCCAAGUCCAAGUACGAGGGGGAGUGCCCCGAGGUCAUCGGCUGGAGUGGCGGCUAUGACAGCCCCGUGAAGCUGACCGAGAUCCCUCGCGCAGGCUCGUCCGGACAGUCUUCCCCGGCACAGGUAGGUGCCGCUGUCGAGACCAACGGCAAGGUCAAGAGCAAGUGUGCCUCCAAGAAGAGGAGGGCCAGGAGGCACGCCUAA